AAGACAUGGAAGGCCAUGUCUCUGGCAGAGAAGCGUCCUUACAUGCAAGAAGCAGAAAGACUACGAAUCCAACAUACCAUUGACUAUCCCAACUACAAAUACCGGCCCCGUCGACGAAAGUGCAACAAGCGUGGCAGCAAGACGGCUUCAAGUGAGACUGUCAGUUCUCCAAAUGCCUCUUUUCACCUUAGAUAUAUGUUACAAGGUCAAGUCGCACAGAAACCAUACAAUCAAAUAAACUCCUAUAAGCUCCCACACAGUGGGUUUUCAUUUGAAAACCACUCUUCAUCAUACCACUUUGAAGCAACAUCAUCAAAUGGAAACAUGACGUUCCAUGGUGGUGCAACAUUACUGAACUCUUCUUCUGUACAUCUACCUCUGGCUACUUACUCAGAGUCGCUGUUGUAUUCGCAGCAUUCUAUGCAGCAGAAUGGGGUGGAAUUCUGUGAUCGAUGGGGAACAGAGGUAUGUGCAUGUGUACUGUGUUUGGGUGGACCUUCUCUGGAGUUCUACCUAGAACAAGUGAGAUCAGACAUGUUGGACCAGCUUGACCGCAGUGAAUUUGACCAGUACCUCAAUCCAGCACAGCCUGUGGACCACAACAAUGAGUGA